AUGGCAAAUGUUAAUUCUAUUAGCCAUCUCACUUAUUUCUUUGGCAACAUCACACGUGAAGAAGCUGAAGAUCACCUGAUCCAAGGUGGGCUGAGCAAUGGACUCUACUUACUGCGACAGAGCCGAAACUAUCUAGGUGGUUUUGCUUUAUCCCUGGUGCAUGGUGGCAAAGUUUAUCAUUACACCAUUGAGAGGGAAAUUAGUGGCACUUAUGCCAUUACAGGAGGAAAAUCCCACAGGAGUCCUGUAGAACUCAUUAACUACCACUCAGAUGAAGUUGAUGGCCUUGUUUGCCUACUCAGGAAACCUUGUAAUCGGCCACCAGGCGUGCAACCAAAAACAAGUCAAUUUGAGGAUUUAAAAGAGAAUUUAAUCCGGGAUUACGUCAAACGAACAUGGAACUUGCAGGGACAUGCCCUUGAGCAAGCGAUUAUUAGUCAGAAACCACAGCUAGAGAAAUUGAUUGCGACAACAGCACAUUUGAAGAUGCCUUGGUUCCAUGGAAUGGUAUCUCGGGAGGAAUCGGAGCAGCUUGUCCUUCUAGGAACAAAGGUCAAUGGGAAAUUUUUAAUCAGGGAAAGAGACAACAAUGGAUCCUAUGCUCUUUGCCUGCUCAAUGAAGGAAAGGUUGCACAUUAUCGCAUUGAUAAAGACAAGAAGGGGAAACUCUCAAUCCCUGAUGGAAAGAAGUUUGAUACUCUCUGCCAGCUAGUGGAACAUUAUUCCUACAAAGCAGAUGGACUUCUGAGAAUAAUUACAGAACCAGUUCCAAAUUCAAAAGGUCAACCUGGCGUUAUCCAUACUCCAACACUUCCUGCGCGUCCAGGCAUGACAUGGUCAACAGGUGGAAUUAUCACCAGAAUCAAAUCAUACACUUUCCCAAAGCCAGGAAGCAAAAAGUCCCCUUCAGCUGGUUCUUCUAGCCGGAGUGUUGCUUCUGCAUUUUCGUCAUUUAACAAUUAUGUGCCAUCACGGGCAAAGCGAGGUGAUCAGAGGGAAGCCCUGCCCAUGGACACAGAGGUCUAUGAAAGUCCAUAUGCAGAUCCAGAAGAGGUGAAGGCUAAAAAUGUCACCCUUGAUAGAAAUUUGCUGACUCUGGAUGACCAGGAACUAGGUUCUGGUAAUUUUGGCACUGUAAAAAAAGGCACCUAUGAAAUGAAAAAGGGGAAGAAGACAGUAGCUGUGAAAAUUCUCAAGAAUGAAAGCAAUGAUCCAGCUGUCAAAGAUGAACUCCUGAGAGAAGCAAAUGUAAUGCAACAACUGGAUAACCCAUACAUUGUCAGAAUGAUUGGAAUAUGUGAAGCUGAAUCCUGGAUGUUGGUAAUGGAAAUGGCUGAACUUGGCCCCUUGAAUAAAUAUUUGAUUCAACAUAGAGAUGUCACAGAAAAGAAUCUUAUAGAGCUGGUUCAUCAAGUUUCCAUGGGGAUGAAAUACCUGGAAGAAAACAACUUUGUGCACAGAGAUUUAGCAGCUAGAAACGUGCUGCUGGUUACACAACAUUAUGCUAAGAUCAGUGACUUUGGACUUUCAAAAGCUCUUGGCUCUAAUGAUUAUUACAAGGCAGAACAUUAUGGGAAAUGGCCAGUCAAGUGGUAUGCUCCAGAGUGCAUGAACUUCUUCAAGUUUUCAAGCAAGAGUGACGUUUGGAGUUUUGGUGUAUUAAUGUGGGAGGCUUUUUCUUAUGGACAAAAGCCAUAUAAGGGUAUGAAAGGAGGAGAGGUUGCUCAAAUGAUUGAAAGAGGAGAGCGAAUGGAUUCUCCAUCAGGUUGCCCACCUGAGAUCUACGAGUUAAUGAAAAUGUGUUGGACAUAUAACGUUGAUGAUCGGCCACUGUUUUCUGCGGUUGAGCUAAGGCUGCGCAACUUCUACUAUGACAUUGCACAAUAAGCAUGCUGCGGACUUAUAUUGAUGUUUGUAAAAGAAGACAACACAGGAGACAGGAAAAAAAUAAUCUGUUUCCCUGUGUCAGUACUAAGAUUGUCUCCGUCAUAACGGUUGGGAAAAAGCUUUGCUGUAAAAUUGCCGUGCUGAUUUUCAGAGUAUUUCCACAUCUAAAGUAACAUUUUGAAAGGUUCAAGUCAGGGUUUUGUAUGUUAGUUGUGUUUUUAAUCGACUAUAGGCUGGUAUGGAUUUUGCUGGGGGUCUAAAUCCUCCUGUAGGCUGUCCCCAGGAACAUUUCCUGCUUUCCAAAAUAAGGUCAGGAGAUCUUCAGCAUUUUCCUUUGUACUUGCUCUUUAUGGGAUAUUGAUACUGCCAUUUUUCUUGGGACCAUCAAAGCAAGAAUUGAUUCUGGAAUCUGUUUCCUGCAAUAACAACAUACUACAACCUCUGCCUUGAUCUGUAUAUCUAAGGCUGUGAUCCUAAGCAUAUUUACUAGAGAGUAAGUCCCAUUGACUUACUUCUGAGUAUACAUAUUUAAGAUUGCAGAGUAAAUCUCUUUCACAGUAAGAAAAAUAGAUGAACUAGCAUCAGCACUUAAAGCUCAAUUCCACUAGUAUCAGGCCCUAUAUUCAAAAGCCAGCAUUAGACCCUGGAAGUCAUAUCUUUUAGAGAUGCUGUAUGUUAUAGUCUCAAAUUGCAGACUGCUAAAAAGUACUUCUAUAAGAAAACACCCCAGCAUCUAUCCAAUUGCACAGGAAUUGGUUCGCUCUGGCAAGGAGAGGCUGGGGGAGCUUGAAUAAAGUAAGGGCUUUCAAAAGUUGCACCCAUCACACAAAAAGGUUUUUAAAUGCCUCCCCCCCCCCCCUGGGCCAUAUAUAGUCUAGCAUUUAAAUUGUCCCUCUUAUUGCUACUGUUCACCUCCACAGUGCUGGCUAGCAGACAAAGUUCCUCUGGUUUCCAUUCCUUACCACUAAUAGAGCCUCUGGAUUUCGGGUGCUUCCAGACAAGGCUUUUACUGUGCAAUUAUUCUGCCUCAUUCGUGGAAUUUUACAAGGGGGUUCCAGGCAUCAGUUCUUCCAUUUAGGAACAUAGGACUCUGCCUUAUACUGAUUCAGACCGUUGGCCCAUCUAGCCCAGUAUUGUCGACACUGACUGGCAGCAGUGGCUCUCCUAAGUUUCAGGCAGGAUUCUUUUCUUGCCCUACCUGGAGCCUUGCAUUUGUAACCCUCUUGUGUUUGGCCACUGUUUCCAUCUUUUUCCUUACCACAGAAAGUCCAUUAAGGAAGAAAAGAUGAGUAGCUGGUAUCACUAGUAACCAUUCCUCUGUCUGGAAGCACCUUCAGUGGCUGGAGGUUCCUGGGAUGUUUGAGCUUAUGCACUGCCUGCCUAUAAACAAUGCCAGAUCCAUUCUGCAGCCUUCUGCUGUUUUUUCUGGAAGACUUUGUACUUGAUAUUCUUUUAAAGCUCUUAGAGGUUUGUUAUCUUAAUUGUAUCCAUGCAGUCCAGCAUAAUUGUAGCCCUAUGUCCUGUUACGAAGACUUGAGAAUAGGAAGAGACUAAAUUAUACUACAGAGGUACAUGCGGUUUUUUAAAUAAUGAAGCAUUCAACUUAAUGUUUUUUGUAUUUCUUUAGGAAUGUACAAGAUUAUUAAUAAGUAUUCUAUAGUAAUUGAAUAAGCCUUUGAGUGAUUGAAUUGAAUUACACUGUUUUGCUAUUUUUAUAUACUUCUCAGGAAUCAUAAUAGAUGGCUACAAG